AUGUGUAAAGGGAUUAGGGGCAUGAAUGUAUAUACGAAAAAGCGCAGGGUUGUAAACAUGAGCCAGGCUAGCACGUCAGGAAAGAAGAUGAUAAUAUACACAGCUUUAUUCUUUGGGAUGACGCUUAUUAUUAUUAUUUUAGGAAACAAAGUUCUGGAAAACUCAUCUGGCGAUGAAUCUUCGCAUGAAUCGCUCAAGGCUGCGAAAAGGACCAAUAAAAAUAGCACCUCUAGAGUGUCGAUACCGCAAAUAAAUGUCAAUGAGAAUGGAGAAGAGAUGCGCUCAAGCAUUUUGUCGAUGGAUGUUGAGCACAUCAAAGCCAUCUAUGGUGCAUUGAGGCAUGUAUACCAGGACGGAAGGGUUGCAAUGGAUGGAAUCAAAGGGUUUCUGAUAAAAAGUAAGAAAAACCGGAAAUUGAGCGCUAAUAUGAUAAAAUUAGUAGAUGGGCUGAUCAAAUACAUUGAGUCGUCAUCUGCGGACGGAAAGAAGGGAAUUUUAGCUCAUAGCAUCAUGAUGCUCAACAACAGUAAGAUGAAUGCAGUCAUAAGUCUAGCAGAGUCACUUCAGACGAAGUAUCAGAAGAAGAUGAUGCAGAGACAGGGCAGAAGGCAGAAUAAAUGA